AUGAUCAUAAUUGGAGUCUCGACUCUAGGCAACCUCAACAAAGAGGCCACGAGUCAAGAGUCAUUGGGACUGGCUUUCUGGAGAAUCGUGAUAUCUUCAGGUAUCGUGGUAAUAAUCAUGGGUGCCAUCAACAUCGUUGUGAGCUUCAUCUUCCAAGAGAGAAAUAUCGGAGUCACAGCUCGUCAUGUCCGCGCACACGGAGCGGUCGCUAAGCAAAAGGUCAUUACCCGAGACAACAGUCACAAAUCCUUUCAGCUCAAUCGCCAGGAUUCCCUGCCAACCUACCGCCCUUCAUCCUCUAAUUAUUCUAGCCCUAGAGCUAUAUCGACCAGAUCAGUGUCGAUGCGAACGACGCCCCGAAUCCCUGUAAAGAUCUCAUCACCAAUCAAUGAUAACCCAGAACAAUUUGGGAAAUUUACAGCCGAACCAGAUCUUGCAGUUCCGAACCUGGCUCAUCACCCAGCCCUGUACUCUAACCGCGUAUGA